AUGCCGCUUGGCUUCUCCACCCACAAGGCGGCCACCCCGCAGCGGGGAACUUCUCCGCGUGACCAGGCGACCCGGUACUGGACAUCUGCUUCUCCCCAACCUGGCGCCGCCGCGCGCAUCCGGGCUGGCGGGAGGCGGGAGGCGUGGGACCCUGCCAACUUGCUGGGCCCCCGGGUGGCGGGGCAGGAGCGCCCCCAGCACCCGCGACGGUCCUCGCUGCUCCCCAGAGCGGGCCAGGCGAGGGGCUCCGCGCUCCCCGCCCCACCAGGCCCACGAGGAGGAAUUCUAGGCCACCAACUUUCCACCGAGGUGACAGCCUGUGCCUCCAGACCCCCAAUUCCGAGCCUUGCGAGACCCACCGCCCGCGAGGAGAAGGGCGCGCGGCUGGAGCGCAGCCCCCUCCGCGGCGCCCAGCUCGCCCGGAGCUCCGGGCCCCGGAUUGGGGCACCGCUAGGGCCGGCCGGGUGCGGAUUUGUGAAUGAACCGCAGAGCGCUUCCCACAGCUCACAGAUCAGAGAGCUGCGGUCGCCCCACCGACGUGGUCCAGUGAGCCGCUGCAAUAGCGCUUGGCGACAAAGCCGGCACGGCCCGGACUUGGCGAUCCCGCGCGACGCCCGGCGGGGACGCAGGAGGGGCGAGCCAGGCAGCGACUUCAAAGCCGCUCUUCCGGACUCAGUGAAAGGGUGGCGCUCCAGGGUGGCAGGGUCUGAAACUGCGCUUCCCCCAGCCCGCCACCCCCGAGACCCCCACAGGCAGCCCUGA